CGCAUCAAAGCUAUAGCUGCGCGUUUCGGAAUUGACCAUGAAGCUGCCCUUGAGAAUAUUCUUUUUGCUCGCGCUUACACUUCUGAACAUCAAAUGGAGCUUAUUAUCGAGUUGGCUGCUCGGUUUGCUGAAGAAAAAGGAGUAAUCGAUUCCAUAAUCGCUCUCUUUCGAACCGAUUAUGCUGGUCGUGGUGAACUUGCCGAACGGCAACAGAAGCUUAAUAUUAUGCUCAGCCGCCUGACCAAGAUUGCAGAAGAGUUUAACGUUGCUAUUCAAGCUGAUCCUGGAAGUAAUAUGAUGUUUGUAAGUGAUCCUCGUAAGCCUAUAGGUGGCCACGUUCUCGCACACGCAUCCACUGUUCGCCUUUACCUGCGCAAAGGUCGUGGUGACGAACGAAUUGCCAAGGUUUAUGAAUUAAAAAAAACAUAUUUAUAUAAUUUAUAUCUAGGUGGAUACGAG